UACCGUGUUUUCUUGAUCGUCGUCGCAGACUACACUCUUCAUCAUUACGCACUCAGUUGACAAUCGAACUGCAUAACCUUUUUAGAAUCAUCGACAUGACACCGGCGAGGAUUCGAUGGCACUGAUGAAAAUUCUCGAUGCACCAGUAUAAUAAGACCGAUAUACCAGAGGAACUCACCGACGAUGAGAUAAAUUUCAUCUUUCAAGCUCUUGACACCGCGUUAAAUUCUAUCAUAUUUGAAUUUCUAUUACAUGGCAUAUACACUGGUGUUCUUGCUGUUACCCUGUGGACCAUCUAUACGAACAAAUCUCGACCUACCGGAAACGUUAUGACCAUCGCCAUCAUUCUCCUCUACACCAUGACUUCUAUUGGGUUUGCUUUCGGCUGGUCAUUUGCGCACUCCGCAUUCAUCACCGUGACUAAUGGACAAAACUUUUGGACUGUGUAUCUCAAGCUCAGCAUCGGUACCAACGAUAAAUCAGUUUUGAGCAUAGGAAUCACAGGAAUCCUCUGUACCAUCCUUGCAGAUUCUGUCACGAUCUGGCGUUGUUGGGUGAUCUGGAGCCGGCAUAAGUUCAUCAUUCUCUUUCCUACUCUUUGUUUAGUCUCUGGUAUCGUGUUCAAAAGCAUCGACAUGUACAUGGUGUUCACUGACGGAAACACUCUUCACCUACUCUACCGAGUGCUUUAUGCAUCGUUCUCUCUCGUUACCACAGCAUGGUGCACACUAGGCAUCGUCUACCGUAUCCUGUCCGUCAGUGGCAACCUCGGAGCUUACCGCCGCACUAUCGAAAUCUUAGUUGAAUCUUCAACCUUUUAUUCCGUCGCUUUGAUCCUAUACGUGGCUUUAUUCGCUCACAACGAUUGGGGGGCAUGUUAUCUUGAUUCUGUAGCCACGGUUGCACGGGGAAUUGCACCUACGCUUAUCGUUGGGCGAGUUGCAGCGGGACACGCUCGCCCAGAUGACACCUGGGAGGGAAGCAUGAUGUCUUCCCUUCGCUUUGGAGGGAAUCAGAUCCCGACAAGCUCUCAGGGAAGUUUCGUAAUCGAUGAUGACCUCGAAGCUCAGCUUGAGAGCCAAGAUGAGCGCGCGAACACCCAGACGCGUUUCCGGGGAGAUACGGCGCUAAGUGUCACGGAGGACGAUGAUUUGGAACCUGAGGCCCAACCAGAGAGAGUACCCUGAUGUAAUAGUUAUCGAACAGAGCGUGUGACAGUCAUGGAAAACGUCUGACUCAGAAGGAGAUUGUAUAACGUAGGGAUGGCCCAUGGAUACGAACAAAAUCUAUAUCAAGAAAAUGUGGUCAGUGCUUCAGCUGAGGUGAGGGAGGCAGAUCACCGUGCCGUGGCGAUAGGCCAGCGAUGCAAUCGUCGUUUCGGU